AUGGCAGAGAAUAUCUCUCAGCGCAUUAAGGCCAGUGCUGUUCGCGGCUCCAUUGAUGGCAAGGAUCUAGCAACGAUGCAUGUGGAAGGCGAAGAAAGUAUCUCGGUUACGGCCGAAGAGAGACUUGUGUCCUCGUUUCCCGAGUCCAAGAAGAAGAAACUUCUGAGGAAGUUGGACUUACACAUCAUUCCAUGCCUCAUAUCCUUGUAUCUUAUGUCAUACAUUGACCGAGCCAACAUUGGCAACGCGAAUAUCGAGGGAAUGAGUGUCGAUCUAGGCUUGACAGGUAAUCAGUACAAUAUCGUCUUGUCCAUCUUCUUCGUGACGUACAUCAUCUUCGGUUCGUUGCGACCCGAGUCUCGUCAAGAAGCAUGA